AUGGGACAACAGAAUUUGAUCUACAGCUUCGUCGCUCGUGGCACGGUGAUACUCGCCGAGUACACUGAGUUUAAAGGUAACUUUACGUCAGUUGCUGCACAGUGCCUCCAAAAGCUUCCUUCUUCGAACAACAAGUUUACCUACAACUGCGACGGUCACACCUUCAAUUACCUCGUCGUAAAUGGCUUCAGUGAGUCUCUCUAUCAACCCGAACACAACGUUUCGUAUUGUGUUGUUGCUGUUGAAUCUGUUGGAAGGCAGAUUCCAAUGGCCUUCUUGGAGCGAGUCAAAGAAGAUUUCAACAAGAGAUAUGGUGGUGGAAAGGCUACCACUGCUAAACCCAAUAGCUUGAACAAAGAGUUUGGGUCUAAACUGAAGGAGCAUAUGCAGUACUGUGUGGAUCAUCCUGAGGAGAUUAACAAACUUGUUAAGGUUAAGGCUCAGGUGACUGAGGUGAAAGGUGUUAUGAUGGAGAACAUUGAAAAGGUCCUUGACCGUGGUGAGAAGAUUGAGCUUCUAGUGGACAAAACUGAAGACCUUCGUUCACAGGCACAAGAUUUCAGAACGCAAGGAACAAAGAUAAGAAGAAAGAUGUGGUUUGAGAACAUGAAGAUUAAGCUCAUAGUCGCUGGUAUCAUCAUUGCUUUGAUUCUCAUCAUCAUCCUCUCGGUUUGUCAUGGCUUCAAAUGUAUUUAAAACUUGAAAAGAAUAAUUAGAGGAACACACUGAGAGAU